AUGACGUUUCAAGAAAUCAUCCAAAAAUUAAACAAGAAACUGCAAAACUUCAACAGAAUAAAUCUAAGUAUUAUACCGCAAUCAGUAUUAAAAUGGAGAAUAACAGAUUUAAUAUUAUUAGUUGCUUUGGUGGUAAUAUUUUUCAUAACGUACCACGUCAAACCUUUCCAUAGACAGUUUUAUCUUGGAGAUAUAACGAUUCAACAUCCUUUCGCAGAAAGGGAAACAGUAAAUAAUACUGAACUAUUUAUGUAUUCAACUUGGAUUCCACUAUUGGUUACAUUCGGAGUUUCAAUCUUAUUAACAACCACAAAAUAUAAAGUAUAUAACACUUAUGUCGCGUGUUUGGGAUUAAUCUUAGCGGUUUUGAUAACUUCUAUAACUACUGACAUUUUAAAGAAUUGGAUAGGGAGAUUAAGACCAGAUUUCUUGGAAAGAUGUAUACCUAAAGAAGGAACACCUCUAGAUAAAUUAGUAUCAAUUGAAGUUUGUACACAAACAGAUAUGGGAAAAUUAGAGGAUGGAUUUAGAACAACUCCAAGUGGUCACUCGUCAAUAAGUUUUGCAGGGUUAGGAUAUUUAGCUAUGUUUUUAUUGGGACAGUUGCAAGCUUCUAAUACUUGGGUUGGUAGUUGGAGAUGGUUGAUUGGUGGGUUUGUACCUUUGCUUGUUGCUAGUUUCAUUGCAUUAAGUAGAACUCAAGAUUACAGACACCACUUUGUUGAUGUUUUUAUUGGUUCAACUUUGGGAUUAGUUAUUGGUUGUUGGUCUUAUUUUAGAUUGUUUCCUUGGAUAAAUAAUCCACAAAGUUUUUACAAUUUGAUUAUUAUUGAAGAAGAAAAUUCAGAGCAGGUCAAAAAGAAUGGUGAUUUUGUUGUUGGUGAUGAUGAGAAUACAAGUUAUACUAGAUUAAAUAAUGUUUAA